GGCAGCACCGUGGGGCCGCCUGCCAGUGUGGCCUUGCCACCGAUGACUGGCGCAGCCUGACGCCCGUGGAGGGACAGCCACCAGCCACGAGCCGUCCUGACUUGGCGAAGCGGGUGCUCGGCGGGACAGGGAGCAGCGGCAGAGGCCAGAGGCUCCAUCACGGCUCUCAAACUGGAGGAUGGUGAUGGUGGUCUGCAGGCAGCGUCUGCAGGGCGAGAUGGCACGGCGGGCACUGGCACUGGCACUCUGCCUGUCCCUGUCUGCGGUGGCAUCUGCCAACUGUGUCACCCAGUGCUCCCUCUGCGCAGCCCAGACCCGCGGUGCCGAGAGCAGCGUCCAGCCCCUGAUGUGCCUGUGGGAAUGCCAGGGCUCCUUGUCACCCGGCCCCGAGUGGGAGAUGUGCAGGAAGGCGCUGGCACUCCUGGCCCCACUAGUGGCCCUGGCCGAGGGGACAGAGCCGUCCCCACAGGAGGCAGAAGAGGAUGAGGCACAGCUGGAGCAGGCUCUGGGCGCUGCAGAGCUGCCGCCGGCGCCGGCCAAGCGCUAUGGGGGCUUCAUGAAGAUGAUGUCCAAGGCAAAGCUGCUGUCCCUGCUCCGCGAGAACGCUCACGCCAAGGGCGGCCUCAGCAAGAAGUCUGGGGGCUUCAGCCGCAAGCCGGGCGAGCGAGCGGCCCCCGAGGACUACCCGGGGCCGGCAGGGGACGGGGAUGGGGACGAGGAGCCCACGGGGGCCGAGGGGCCGGAGCUGCACAAGCGCUAUGGGGGCUUCCUGCGCCGCAUCCGGCCCAAGCUCAAGUGGGACAAUCAGAAGCGCUACGGGGGCUUCCUGCGGAGGCAGUUCAAGGUGACCACGAGGUCGGACGAGGACCCCAGUGCCUACUCAGGGGAGGUCUCAGACCUAUAGAGCCGGGCGUGGCACGGCAGUACCGCGGUCCCCACACUGCCACUGCCACCCCGACUGUGCCAUCGCCCCCAGCCCUGUCCCCUGCCCGGCCCAGUGUGGCUGGUGCCACCCUUGCCUCAUUCGCUCAGGGGACCGUGAAUUCCAUCCCAUUGUCCUUCUCUGGUUCACCUGCCCUUCCUGUGUGCGGAGGGCACAGUGCCACUCCUCCGGCUGCUGGUGGUGUGGCUGUGGCCCAGCCCAGGGUUCCUGGGGUGUAUUGCUGGGGACACAGAUCCUCCAUCCUCCCGUGGCUGCCAGAGCACAGCAGGGUCUGCAAACCACCAGAGCUGACGUACAGGGCAGGGGGCUCGGAGCACUGGGAAGGAUGAACCAGGGCAGGAUCGGGGAGGUGGCUGCCAUGGCCAUAGGCAGAGGUGGCUGGUGGAACCACAGCACCAUCACCAGGUGUUCAAGCACUGCUGAGCCCUCACUCCCCUCCCCGAGCCUCUCACAGUGUCCCACCGAUCCCAGCACCCACCCAGAGCCCCUGGGCUCCCCCUCCAAGAGCGACUCCAGAGGCAGGGUCAGCCCCAAGCCCCAACACCCACCUCCCCCCCGCAGUCAAUAAAAGGCAGAUGCCAACGAAGCUGAA